GCGGUGUCCGGGUGGCUCACCGGGGGCGGCGACGCGUCUGCGGCGCGGCAGCGAGGCUCGGGGGCUAUGAGGUGAGGACACCCGGGGACCGGAGGCGGCACCCGGCGCUGCGCGAGAACGCAGGACGCGAAGCCCCGAAGCCGGCGGACGCCUCCCAGACCCCGCGGCUGCGCGCGAGGCGGAGGUCAUGGUAACUCAGGAUUUGAAGUGCAGAGUCGCUAUGUGCCGUCCUCUGGAAUGUCAGCCAAGGAGCUCUGUGAGAACGACGACUUAGCAACCAGUUUGGUUCUUGAUCCCUAUUUAGGUUUUCAAACACACAAAAUGAAUACUAGCGCUUUUCCUUCAAGGAGUCGACAUAUUUCAAAAGCUGACGGUUUUUCUCACAGCAACCCUACAAGAUUUCGGCCUAUUAAGGGAAGGCAAGAAGAGCUAAAGGAAGUAAUUGAACGCUUUAAGAAAGAUGAACACUUAGAGAAGGCCUUCAAAUGUUUGACUUCAGGUGAAUGGGCACGGCAUUAUUUUCUCAACAAAAACACAAUGCAUGAGAAAUUAUUCAAGGAACAUGUCUUUAUUUACUUGCGGAUGUUUGCUACUGACAGUGGAUUUGAAAUAUUGCCUUGUAAUAGAUAUUCUUCAGAACAAAAUGGAGCCAAGAUAGUUGCAACAAAAGAGUGGAAACGAAAUGACAAAAUAGAAUUACUGGUGGGUUGUAUUGCCGAACUUUCAGAAAUUGAGGAGAACAUGCUACUUAGACAUGGAGAAAACGACUUCAGUGUCAUGUAUUCCACAAGGAAAAACUGUGCUCAACUCUGGCUCGGUCCUGCUGCAUUUAUAAAUCAUGAUUGCAGACCUAACUGUAAGUUUGUGUCAACUGGCCGAGAUACGGCAUGUGUGAAGGCUCUGAGAGAUAUUGAACCUGGAAAAGAAAUUUCUUGUUACUAUGGAGAUGGGUUUUUUGGAGAAAAUAAUGAGUUCUGCGAAUGUUAUACUUGUGAAAGACGGGGAACUGGUGCUUUUAAAUCCAGAGUAGGACUGCCUGCGCCUGCUCCUGUUAUCAAUAGCAAAUACGGACUCAGAGAAACAGAUAAACGCUUAAAUAGGCUUAAAAAGUUAGGAGACAGCAGCAAAAAUUCAGACAGUCAGUCUGUCAGCUCUAAUACUGACGCAGACACCACUCAGGAAAAAGACAAUGCAAGUAAGUAAGGGAGCUUUACCAUAAGGUGCUGGUUACAGUCUUCAUUGCUCACAAAGCAUGCUUCAGUAGUUUUGAAGCUUUAAAUACUGAUAGAAACUGGGACUUGAGGCUUCAGCUGCACUGCAAAUAAUAGAAAUGCUUUGAGUCCAUAGCAGUUUGUGUCCACUCCACAUUCAGGGCCAACCUCUAUAUGUAUUUUUGAAUACUUGGUAAUUGAGUGUUGAAGUAUUCAACAUAUG